AUGGAUGGAGACAACCAGACUGAGACCUCUGAGUUCCUGCUCGUUGGACUCUCAGAGGAUCCUGAGCAGCAGCGAAUCCUGUUUUGGAUGUUCCUGUCCAUGUACCUGGUCACCGUAGUGGGAAAUGUGCUCAUCAUCCUGGCCAUUGGCUCUGACUCCCACCUGCACACCCCCAUGUACUUUUUCUUGGCCAACCUCUCCUUCACUGACCUCUUCUUCGUCACCAAUACAAUCCCUAAGAUGCUGGUGAAUCUUCAGUCCCAGGACAAAGCCAUCUCCUAUGCAGGGUGCCUGACCCAGCUCUACUUCCUGGUCUCCUUGGUGGCUCUAGACAACUUCAUUCUGGCUGCAAUGGCCUAUGAUCGCUAUGUUGCCAUCUGCCGCCCCCUCCACUACACCACAGCCAUGAAUCCUAGCCUCUGUGUUUUGCUCCUGGCCUUGUGUUGGGUCUUCUCUGUCAUCUAUGGCCUUGUUCACACCCUCCUCAUGACCAGGGUGACCUUCUGUGGGUCCCAAAAGAUCCACUACAUCUUCUGUGAAAUGUAUGUCCUGCUGAGGCUCGCAUGUUCCAACACCCAGAUCAAUCACGUAAUGCUGAUUGCCACUGGCUGCUUUGUCUUCCUCACCCCUUUUGGGUUCAUGAUUGUGUCCUAUGUAAGGAUUGUCAGAGCCAUCCUCCGAAUACCUUCAGUCACUGGGAAGUAUAAAGCCUUCUCUACCUGUGCUUCCCAUCUGGCUGUGGUCUCCCUCUUCUAUGGGACCCUUGGAAUGGUUUAUCUGCAGCCCCUCCACACCUAUUCCAUGAAGGACUCAGUGGCCACAGUGAUGUAUGCUGUGGUGACACCCAUGAUGAACCCUUUCAUCUACAGCCUGAGGAACAAGGACAUGCAUGGGGCUCUCAGAAAACUCUUCCUUGGGAAAGCUUUUCAAAUACUAACAGGGUAA